CUGCACGACAGCCUUUGAGUUUCUCGAGGGAGGUGUGUUGUGCCUUGUCAACUCAAGGCCACUGCUUUUUAAAAGGAAGACACCGUCCUCCUUUUCUGCCCGAGGGUUUUGGGAGCGGCUCAGACGCUGAAGGGGGAAGAUGAAGGCUGCUCUUAGGGUGCUUUUGCCAUGCCUGGUGCUGUUGGUCCCCUCUACAGCACUUCCCAGAAAGGGGAGCACGGGGGAAAGGCUUUCCUCAAUCCACCAGCCAGAGCUGAGCCUGGUGGAGGCGGCAGGACUUGAAGCAGAGGGGAGAAAGAGAGAGAACACGAGUUUACAGGAGAGAGUGAGAUCCAGCUCGGUGGCAAGAUCGAGGCUGACGGCUUCUACUCGCCUCUUUUCCAAGCCUGACCUGGGAGCAAAAUGCUUCCAGGGAAUGGUUGAGGAUGAAGGCAUCGCCUGGUCCGGCUCCAGCCCAUACCCGUGGCCACUCGGGGGAUUGGAAGGGCCCGUGUGCAGGAUGAGAAUGGACCAGGAUGGACCAACCCCGAGGCACCUGGAUGUUGUGGGUGUCCUCACCCAGUAUGAAAGCAGCUUCAUCAAGCUGUUGAGGCAGCGCAGCAGCUGGGACGAGAGCCACCUCGAGACCUUUGGGCUUUGCUCAGCUGGGGAGACAAGUGCUGCUCUUCAUCCCCUCAAGCGCAUCCAUGCGCAUGUGGUGGAGCCGGGGCGGGAGCGCUUCCUCGUGCUGCAUCUGGAGGAAGUGAAAUGGGAAGCCCAGACCAAGCUGUGGUUCAAGCUGGAUUUCCAGGCUGAGGUGGGCCGGGCACUGGGAGAGCUGCGCUUCGCCUUGCUGCUCUUCUACCCAGGCAGCCGCCAGCGGCCGGGCACCGGGCACCCCGAGGGGCUGCUGGCCACGGGCACCGGGCUGGCGCAGGAGCAGAGCUUCUGCCUCUCCAGGGACACCCGGUACCUGGUCCUGGGAGCAGCCGUAGCAUCCGUCACCCGCUCCAGUGGGCAGCUCAGCUUCGAGGCUUCUCUGGCCAUCAGCCACCGUGGAGAGGGAGGUGCCCCCUUGACCCCCAUGGAGACCCAGCAGCUCCUUUUCGGCUCCGAUGACAAGUGCUUCACCAGGAUGACCCCUGUGCUGCUCCUGUUGGCCAAGUCACAGUGGGAGGAGGCAGCAGCUUUGGUCCCUUCUUCCUACCUCUCUGCUGAUGGGGUGGUGGACACAGCUCCGUAUCCACAACUCAGCUCUCCCCAGGCUGAAACUGAGGAGCUGCCGUUCCCCACCUCCCUGAGCCAAGGGAACGCUUCGUCCCCCAUGCCCGGCAGCAGCAGCCAAUUCCUGAGCAUCCUGACCCGCUUCAUCCACCGGGUCCUGAGCACCUCCAGCGAGCCGCCCACCCAGCCCAGCUCCCACCACUGGCUGGACUUCCAGGUGAUGGAGACCCUCCCUCACCAGCUGCUCAACCUGUCGGAGGAGGCGGCGCUGGAGCGACUGGUGCAGUCGGAGGAGCCAUCGGUGCUGCUUUUCCCCCAGGACAGCGGAGCCGUGCUGGAGCAGCACUUGGGGGACUGGCAGCCGGAGGGGACUGUGCUGCAGCUGCUGAUGGGCAAACUGCAGGCAGUCAUCCAGGAGCUGAGGGACAUUCCGGCUUUCCAAGCCAACACAGCGCUUUUCCAGCAUCUUCUGAGCUUCUGCUACUUCCCACCAGGGCCGGGUGAGGGUCAAGGCAGCAAGCAGCCGCCGGGCUCCGGGAAGCUGCACACGCUGCUGCUGCUGAAGGCGUUGCAGACGGUGCGGGCGCGUUGGCAGGAGCAGAGGAAGGUGCUGCGGCAGAACCGCAGCGCGCGACACCAAGCCCACUGCCGCCUGCAGGAGUUGACCAUCGACCUGCACGACCGCAAGUUCAUCGUCAUGCCCACCGUCUACACGGCCAACAACUGCGAGGGGCCCUGCAAGCUGCCGCUCUCCACCCGCGUCCCCAGCUACUACUCGCACACGGUGCUGCUGCUGGGCAUGCAGGAGCGGGGCUCGCCCCUCCAGCGGCCUCCCUGCUGCGUGCCCGUCCGUUACUCGGACCAGCUCAUCAUCAGCCUCUCCGCUGAGGGGCUGGAGGUCCGCAAGUUCCCCAACAUGGUGGCAGAGGAGUGCGGUUGUCGGUAGAGGCUCCCGCUGCUCCUUAUCAUCUUCCCCAUCCCCACUUUACCCUCGUAGCUCAGGAGCUGGUGCUUCUUCCUGAGACGGGAGCUCCCUGCAUGGCUUUUCCCCAUGGUUUGGUUCGUUAACGUCGCUCUGGUUCUGGGUUCCUCGGGAGCCCUACUGCCUCCUGGGGGAUGGCGUUUCCCCGUGCCCACUCCCGGUGCCCGCGGGGCUGUGCUGCAGCGUGGCUGUGACCCCGCUGUGGGAUUUGGGCUGGAUACUGGCACCACGGGGCCAUCACUGGAGAUCAAGGCUUGGUAGAUCCAGCCAGGACUACGCUGAUUUAUCCUUUACCUGUAGUGACUGGGCAGGGUAUGGUUCCUUCCUCCACAGGUGCCCCACUCGCAGCAUCCUCUGGCCGUUUCCCAGCCCAUCACUGAGCUCCCACAGCUCAGUGAACACAGCAGAACAAGAGGGGAAAUUCCCCCGCAGGGCCCAGCCUUUACCUGGGGUCCCAUCCCAUGGAGAGCCGCUGGUUUGGGGCUCCCUGCUGGGUCCUGUUUGCAUCACCCCACGCUGACUCCGCUCCCAGGACGCUGCCAGAGCCUUGGGGUGAAGGGAGGGAGGGCUGAGAGAGGGCAGCGAUCCCGUUACACCUCCUGGGCUGCUCACACCAUUAAUAGGAGCGGUGCAACCCACUGCCAAAGCACCUGCUCUGUGUCCCCGCCAGCGUCAGCAUAGAGAACCGGCUGCCCCAGAUCAUCUUCCCAGCUAAAACCCAGCCCUCAGUGAGCCCCACAUCCCAAAGAGCAGCUCCUGGGCUCAUCCUGGCUGCAGCCUCCCUCGGGCUGGAACCAACCCUCCGCCUUUGCAGCAUCCCCACGGGGUGGGUGGGGGCACGGCCGGAGGCUGGCACAGCCCGACCCCAUCCCACAGCCCCUGUGUGGAUGGGAGCACAGAAAACACACCGAAAUAACCCAGGACAAGAUAUUUUCUUAUUUUUUUUCUUCCCCCUUUUUUUUUAAAAAAACCAUUCAAUUUAAUACCUUAUUAAAAAUGAAAAUAGUUUAUUUUAUCCUCUAUCCAUCUAGCAAAUACUUAAACCUGCCGUGGGUUGGGGCUGUGAACGUCUCCUGUAGUUGCUACAGCGCUGCAUGAUAUUGCACCUGUGUUUCAUUCCUAAAAGCGACUCUGUGAAGGCAAAGCCCGAAGGGAUCUCUGGGUUCUGGGCUCUCCAGCCCUGUCCGGUCCCCAGAAGCUUCGCGCCACCCUGCAGUGAUGGCACCGGGACCCGGCGAGGUCGGGGUGGUCGCUCCCCACUAAGGACGGCCGCAGCCUGGCUUCGUUAACCCAGAAGACGCUCCUCUCUUCAUUUGCUUUGAAUAAAACCGUUAAUUGAAUUGAAGAGCUGCACAGUUCGAAGACAAACUCUGUUCACUGCCAUCCCUGUGCCCACUGCGCCGUCCCCAUGCCUCAGGGUGAGAAUGAACUGCAGGUGAGAUUUCGGGUGGGGAUGGAGAAGUAGCGCCAAGCCCAGAUGAAGAGAAGCUCCUUCCCCAGGUCCUUUCGGGUUGCCUUUGUGCAUCUAAUCCAGAGGGGCCCAGAGUCCCCGGGGAGGCUCGUGCCAGGCUCCCAGGCUGCUCCGUUGCUGUUUGGAGAUCCUGGAGCACUGCCUGUGCUGCCCGGGGAUGUCUCCGAGAGUUACAGGGUACCCUCGCUGG